AGAUCGUUAACUGUAUCAAUGUCAUAGCAGCAGCCAUAUAGAUUAGUAUUAACUAUACAAGCUUACUGGUAUAGUGCAGUGCUAGCUAGCCUUACCCUAACUGAUCGGAGCAAUGUCUGAGCAUGGCGGGUCGUCGGGGAAGCACCCAUUCUACCGCGGCAUCCGGAGCCGGUGCGGGAAGUGGGUCUCGGAGAUCCGGGAGCCCCGGAAGGCGCGCCGCAUCUGGCUCGGCACGUUCCCGACGCCCGAGAUGGCAGCCGUGGCCUACGACGUGGCCGCGCGCGCUCUGCGUGGCCCCGACGCCGCGCUCAACUUCCCCGCCAUCGCCGCCUCGCGCCCGGCCCCGGCUUCCACCUCCGCCGACGACAUCCGCGCCGCCGCAGCAGCCGCCGCCGCCUCGCUGGCCGGCGGCGGCGGCAUUGCUCCUCCGGGGGGCGCAGCUGGAUCGGCUGUGCAGCAGCAGCAGCAGUUCGGAGGGGGCAGUGGUACCGCUGCUGGAUCGGAGGAAGCUGCGAGCAUUGGGGCGAAUUACUACAAUGUGAAUCAGCAGCAGCAGUACUUCCUGGACGAGGAGGCCCUGUUCGAGACGCCGCAGUUCCUGCGGAGCAUGGCGGCCGGGAUGAUGAUGAGCCCCCCGAGGCUCAGCCCCGACUCCUCCGACGAAUCACCCGACCCUUCCGAGGCCGGGGAGAGCCUCUGGAGCUACCGUGACCCAUAGAUUGCCUGCUCGCCACCAUAUGCCACGGUAAGGACUAAGGAGGCGCAAGCAUACCGGUGUGGCCGGAGCGAGCCCCGGUUUUCCUCUCUGGUAAACUCAUGGCAGAUCAAUCGAUUCGGUGGUGUUUAGCGUCCGCCUGAUCGAUCUACCUCUGUCGACUCCUCUCUGCUCAUUUUCUCUCAAUUCCCGCCCCCCCCCCCCCCCCCCCCCUUCGGUUUGAAGUGUUUUGGACCUUCUGGUUUGACGAAAGCCAGGAGGGAGAAGGUCUCCCGGCCGUUUCACUUGACCUCUCUUUCAAGUAUCCGAUCGAUCAACCAUUGCAGUAUAUAUAUAAAGCUGCAGGGAGAAGAUAUAUCCUUUAAAAAUGUCAAGUGGGUCACGAGGAGGCCAUGUAUAUAUGUUGGAUGGAGUAGUGUAAGUUUGUACUGUGCAAAUUAGUACUAUUUUGGGGGGUGGAUUGGCUAUAAGAUGCGCACACGCAUCUCUCCACCUUUCCCCUUUUUGAAACGCUCGUCGCUGACGAUGUAAAAGUGUUAGUGGAGUGUGCACGGUGUAAAGUUUUUGCCUAGGCUGUUGAGAAAGAUGUAGACGUCAACAACUUUGGAAUAUGCAAUGGGUCAGUGUUUCUGGAAUCA